AUGGCAGCGCCUAGCGACGAUGACGCUGACGAUGCCGAUGGCGACCCCUUACAGGGGGAUGGAGGAGAAGGGGGGGGUGGCGGGGGGGCUGGUGCUGCAGAGCCCCUCCCCCCACUGCUGCACCCGCAGCAGAGGGAUGGAGAAGGGAGGGCGGGGGGGGGGGGGCUGGUGCACUCACGAGGGGGUGCGGGGGGGUACCCACGAGGAGGUGCAAGGGGCACUCACGAGGGGGUGCAAGGGGCACUCACGAGGGGGUGCGAGGGGCACCCACGAGGGGGUGCGAGGGGCACUCACGAGGGGGUCCGAGGGGCACCCACGAGGGGGUGCGAGGGGCACUCACGAGGGGGUGCAAGGGGCACCCACGAGGGGGUGCAAGGGGCACCCACGAGGGGGUGCGAGGGGCACUCACGAGGGGGUGCAAGGGGCACUGACGAGGGGGUGCGAGGGGCACUCACGAGGGGGUGCAAGGGGCACUCAAGAGGGGGUGCGAGGGGCACCCACGAGGGGGUGCCAGGGGCACUCACGAGGGGGUGCAACGGGCACUCACGAGGGGGUGCGAGGGGCACCCACGAGGGGGUGCGAGGGGCACUCACGAGGGCGUGCAAGAGGCACUCACGAGGGGGUGCGAGGGGCACCCACGAGGGGGUGCGAGGGGCACUCACGAGGGGGUGCAAGAGGCACUCACGAGGGGGUGCGAGGGGCACCCACGAGGGGGUGCGAGGGGCACUCACGAGGGGGUGCAAGGGGCACUCACGAGGGGUUGCGAGGGGCACCCACGAGGGGGUGCGAGGGGCACCCACGAGGGGGUGCGAGGGGCACUCACGAGGGGGUGCGAGGGGCACCCACGAGGGGGUGCAAGGGGCACUCACGAGGGGGUGCAAGGGGCACUCACGAGGGGGUGCGAGGGGCACCCACGAGGGGGUACGAGGGGCACUCACGAGGGGGUGCAAGAGGCACUCACGAGGGGGUGCGAGGGGCGCCCAGGAGGGGGUGCGAGGGGCACUCACGAGGGGGUGCAAGGGGCACUUACGAGGGGGUGCGAGGGGCACCGACGAGGGGGUGCAGGGGGCACUCACGAGGGGGUGCAAGGGGCACUCACGAGGGGGUGCGAGGGGCACCCACGAGGGGGUGCGAGGGGCACUCACGAGGGGGUGCAAGAGGCACUUACGAGGGGGUGUGAGGGGCACCCACGAGGGGGUGCAAGGGGCACUCACGAGGGGGUGCAAGGGGUACUCACGAGGGGGUGCGAGGGGCACCCACGAGGGGGUGCGAGGGGCACCCACGAGGGGGUGCAAGGGGCACUCACGAGGGGGUGCGAGAGGCACUCAUGAGGGGGUGCGAGGGGCGCCCACGAGGGGGUGCGAGGGGCACUCACGAGGGGGUGCAAGGGGUACUCACGAGGGGGUGCGAGGGGCACUCACGAGGGGGUGCGAGGGGCACCCACGAGGGGGUGCAAGGGGCACUCACGAGGGGGUGCAAGGGGCACUCACGAGGGGGUGCGAGGGGCACCCACGAGGGGGUACGAGGGGCACUCACGAGGGGGUGCAAGAGGCACUCACGAGGGGGUGCGAGGGGCGCCCAGGAGGGGGUGCGAGGGGCACUCACGAGGGGGUGCAAGGGGCACUCACGAGGGGGUGCGAGGGGCACCGACGAGGGGGUGCAGGGGGCACUCACGAGGGCGUGCAAGGGGCACUCACGAGGGGGUGCGAGGGGCAUCCACGAGGGGGUGCGAGGGGCACUCACGAGGGGGUGCAAGAGGCACUCACGAGGGGGUGUGAGGGGCACCCACGAGGGGGUGCAAGGGGCACUCACGAGGGGGUGCAAGGGGUACUCACGAGGGGGUGCGAGGGGCACCCACGAGGGGGUGCGAGGGGCACCCACGAGGGGGUGCAAGGGGCACUCACGAGGGGGUGCGAGAGGCACUCACGAGGGGGUGCGAGGGGCACCCACGAGGGGGUGCGAGGGGCACUCACGAGGGGGUGCAAGGGGCACUCACGAGGGGGUGCGAGGGGCACCCACGAGGGGGUGCAAGGGGCACUCACGAGGGGGUGCAAGGGGCACUCACGAGGGGGUGCGAGGGGCACCCACGAGGGGGUGCGAGGGGCACUCACGAGGGGGUGCAAGAGGCACUCACGAGGGGGUGCAAGGGGCACUCACGAGGGGGUACGAGGGGCACUCAGAUACCCUCCUCUCACUGCUGCACCCGCAGCGGGGGGAUGGAGGAGAAGUGGGGGGGGGGGGGGGGGGUUGUAG